UAAUUUAUGUGAAAUUUAUAGAAACUGCAGGUUUUUAUUUAUUUAUUUUACUAAAUAUUAAAUCAUCAUAGCACUGCAGAAAAACCGCUUCACUGCUAGUAAGCUAGCUGUAUGCCCAAACGAGCUGGGGUCUUUGUUAGCGUCAUGUUAAGAUCACUUAUGAGGAAGAUAAUAAAGACAAUACUAUACUGACUUGCUCUCGGGCUUAAAAUAUGACAAAGUUAAACUGCGUUAAUCUUGAGAAAUUUCUGGAGGAGUUUUGUCAACUAGAACAGAACAUAACUGAAGUUAAUGGCAGAAACAGCAUGUUGGAGAUCAUGUUGGAGGAUGCUAAUAGACUGGUGAAGUUUUACCAGACCAAGGAGAAGAGCCUAAUUGAAGAAAAAGAUAGCCUUCUUCUCACAGUGAACAAACUGCAGCAGACUCUGCAGGAGCAGUGCAACCUCAGAGUGAAGAAUGAGAGACUCAAGAAUGAUAUGGCAGAUCUGAAACAGCAGAAUGAGAGAACAGCAGAGGUUGGAAAGGCUGAAGUUCAGCGGCUGGUCAGAGAAAUGAGUGCAGAAGAAGGGAGACACAAGAGGGCGCUAGAGGAUCUAAGACAGCAGUGUGGCAGGGAGGCGGAGGAUGCCCACAGGGAGUAUUUUAGUCAAUUGGAAGCUAAAGAUGCUGAAUGUAAGAAGCUGCUGGAGAAUAAGGAUCUGGAUCUAGAGGACAUGAAGAAGAGACUAAAAGAUCAGGAAAAGGAGAGUCAGAAUGAGCUACUGAAGUUACAGAUGGAGUUUGGUGCAAAGUUAGCCAGAGUUCAGAGUUCAGCUCAGUGGAGCCAACAGCAGCAGCAGCAGCAACAUGGCCCAAACCUUCCUCAGAGUGUCUUUAAAAGGAAGCUGCAGUUUUUCCAGGAGGAAAAGAACAAAGAGAUUUUUGCCCUGCGUCAGAGAAUCAAAGAACUGGAAGAGAAUCAGCGUGCCAGCAGCAUCCUGGACAGCCGUCCAAAGAGAAGAAAGAUUUAAUUUGUUUAGAGGCUAACGAGCUGCUGACCUGCCAGUGGACGUGCAUGAUUCCCAUAGAGCAUUCUGAAAUUUCCAAUCUCACAUAUUUAACAGGACAUUUACUUGGUGCUUGUGCAGUGUGACUAGAUUUGACUGCAAAUUGCAAAUUCAGUGCUCUUCUUGCAGGUGACCAGUGUAAAGAAAGUACAAACACAUGCUGUAUUCCUGUCUAAGGAUUUAAUCCAAUUAGACACCUGCAGGGAAGGAUAGAGGGAGAGAGGAAGUGUAGAUGGAGUAGUGCGAUUGUGAAUGAAUUGGCUGAAAGGGCAGUCUGAUUCAAGGAUGUAAAUCUGUUUUCAUUCAAAGAAAUCAUUAAUACUACUUAUCCCCCUUUUUUCAAGGUUCUUGUAAUUCACACUGAGUUCUCUUUGUGUUCAUAUAGAUGCAUUUUCUCUGUGGUUUAUUGUUCUGAGCAUUAUUAAUUGACAGAAGUCUUCAACUAGCAGAGUGUCUUGCCAUAGGCUAAUGUUUUGUGUGUAUCAUAGACUGUAUAAGAAAAUGUGUAUUAAAAAAACUUCAGUUGAUCCAGUGAAA